ACCGGUAUUGGAAAGUAGUAGAAUAAUUUCGGAUAAAAAGAAAAAUACGAAAUACAAAUUGUAACGGGAGUGUUUGUUAUAUUUUUGUUUGGUGUUUAAAUAAUGGAAAAUGUAACAUACAGCCCGGCGAAUCCAUAUCGAAAUGUCUCGACGGUAUUGCGUCCAGAUGCAAGACUUUCGGCCGAAGGUCGUUUAUUGGGCUGGGAUGUGCCACCGGAUGAAAUACGUCAUAUACCCGAACAUUGGUUGCAAUUUCAAGAGCCACCUGAAUCGAUGCAUUAUCUUUUAGGCAUGUUAUACAUAUUCUUUACCAUCUUGUCGAUAACUGGAAAUGGUCUAGUCAUAUGGGUUUUUACAGCAGCAAAAUCUUUGCGCACCCCCUCCAAUAUAUUAGUGAUAAAUUUGGCACUCUGCGAUUUUUUUAUGAUGGCGAAAACACCAAUUUUCAUUUAUAACAGUUUUAAACGGGGUUUUGCUCUCGGCAAUCUAGGUUGCCAGAUAUUUGCUAUUGUUGGCUCGUAUACGGGCAUCGGAGCAUCGACUACAAAUGCUUUUAUUGCCUAUGAUCGUUAUAACGUCAUUACCCGCCCAUUGGAGGGUAAAAUGACUCAUGGCAAAGCGAUUAUAAUGAUAAUUUUCAUUUAUAUGUAUGCUACACCGUUUGUGGUGGCAUGUGCCACCGAAAGUUGGGGACGUUUUGUACCGGAGGGCUAUUUAACAUCAUGCACUUUUGAUUAUCUAACGGACAAUUUCGAUACCCGCCUUUUUGUUGGUACAAUUUUCUUCUUUAGCUUUGUUUGCCCCACCGUUAUGAUCAUCUACUAUUACAGUCAAAUCGUAGGGCAUGUCUUCAGUCACGAAAAGGCUUUAAGGGAGCAAGCGAAAAAAAUGAAUGUGGAAUCAUUGCGCUCGAACGUUGACAAAAGUAAAGAUACUGCAGAGAUUCGUAUAGCUAAGGCAGCCAUAACAAUAUGUUUUCUAUUCUUCGUAUCGUGGACACCAUACGGUGUAAUGUCUUUGAUAGGAGCCUUUGGCGAUAAAAGUCUUUUAACACCGGGUGUAACAAUGAUACCGGCUUGUGCCUGUAAAAUGGUUGCCUGCAUUGAUCCAUUUGUUUAUGCCAUAAGUCAUCCGAAAUAUCGUUUGGAGUUGCAAAAACGUUUGCCUUGGUUAGCUAUAAAUGAAAAAGCACCGGAGAGUACGAGUACGGUUUCAUCAUCGAGCACGGCGCAACCACCGGAUCAAGGGCAACAACAAUCAACAGCAGCCUAAACUAAUUAAUAAUACUUUGUAGUUUAAGUUAAAUGUGAUAAAAUUUAAGUUAGUCUUUAGUAUGUAUAAUAUUUAAUAAUAGUUUGUUAAGUUAAUAAUUUAUAGGAUUUUGAUGAUGACCCUAUUACGAAAAUGGUUUAUGCUUAAUAAUUUGUUACUACAUGGCGGAUUGACCUAUUUUUAUAAUGUUUAAAGGACUGUGUUUCGGAUUUAACGUUUAUAUGGAUACAUUUAAAUAUGACAGUUUUAAGUCAUAUUUAAUUGAACAAGUAAAACUUUGUAUAUUUUGUGGUAUUUAUAAAUUUUACCGGUAUUUAUUUAUUUUUUGUAGUUGUUUUAUUUUAAAUCCAUAAAUGGAUUAUAUUAAUAAAUAGAAUU